AUGUCAAGCUCUGUUGAACAGAAAAAAGGGCCUACAAGACAGCGCAAGUGUGGCUUUUGUAAGUCAAAUAGAGACAAGGAAUGUGGACAGUUACUAAUAUCUGAAAACCAGAAGGUGGCAGCACACCAUAAGUGUAUGCUCUUCUCAUCCGCUUUGGUAUCAUCACACUCUGAUAAUGAAAGUCUUGGUGGAUUUUCUAUUGAAGAUGUCCAAAAGGAAAUUAAAAGAGGCACGAAGCUGAUGUGUUCUUUGUGCCAUUGUCCCGGAGCAACAAUUGGUUGUGAUGUGAAAACUUGUCACAGGACAUACCACUACCACUGUGCAUUGCAUGAUAAAGCUCAAAUACGAGAGAAACCUUCACAAGGAAUAUACAUGGUUUAUUGUCGAAAACACAAGAAAACUGCACAUAAUUCUGAAGCAGCUGAUUUAGAAGAAAGUUUUAAUGAACAUGAACUGGAGCCUUCAUCGCCUAAAAGUAAAAAGAAAAGUCGCAAAGGAAGGCCAAGAAAAACUAAUUUUAAAGGACUGUCGGAAGAUACCAGGUCUACAUCCUCUCAUGGAACGGAUGAAAUGGAAAGUAGUUCCUAUAGAGAUCGGUCUCCACAUAGAAGCAGCCCUAGUGACACCAGGCCUAAAUGUGGAUUUUGUCAUGUAGGGGAGGAAGAAAAUCAAGCAAGAGGAAAACUGCAUAUAUUUAAUGCCAAGAAGGCAGCUGCACAUUAUAAGUGCAUGUUAUUUUCUUCUGGCACCGUGCAGCUCACAACAACUUCAAGAGCAGAAUUUGGAGAUUUUGAUAUUAAAACUGUACUGCAGGAGAUUAAACGAGGGAAAAGAAUGAAAUGUACACUUUGCAGUCAGCCCGGUGCUACUAUUGGAUGUGAAAUAAAAGCCUGUGUUAAGACUUACCAUUACCACUGUGGAGUACAAGACAAAGCUAAAUACAUUGAAAAUAUGUCACGAGGAAUUUACAAACUAUAUUGUAAAAAUCAUAGUGGAAAUGAUGAGAGAGAUGAAGAAGAUGAAGAACGAGAGAGUAAAAGCCGAGGAAAAGUAGAAAUUGAUCAGCAACAACUAACUCAGCAGCAGCUUAAUGGAAACUAGGUUCAUGGGACAGAGUUAGAAAACUGGGAAUGAAUAAGACAUCCAUAACUACUAUUCUUUUUUCACUGUUUUCUAAAAUCAAAAAGGGUUUGUAACUUUUUACUGCCCAACUCUUAGAUCCUUC